AGAGAGAGAGAGAGAGAGAGAGAGAGAGAGAGAGAGAGAGAGAGAGAGAGAGAGAGAGAGAGAGAGAGAGCAAUAGACACAAAUAGAAAACUGGACGGUUUUGAGUUUGCUCUUCUGCUCGAUUCACAGAAAAGCACAUCCCAAUUGUGAAAUAUCUUUGGCCACCGUCCAUGGGAACUGGUCCAGGGUGCUCCGGCGCAGCGUCUCCUGGGAGGUCCCGUUAGAUUGUGAAGAGCUCCGUGUGUGAGGAGAGAGCCUUCCUCCGCUGAGGAUCUGCAGGAGAACACUUCCAGGGAUCACUGCCGAACGGAGCGACGUGACUGGCGGCCGUCACCCGGGUCAUCCUUGCUGCUCCCUCACGGCUUCCUGGUCGUGUGUUUGCCUUUUCCUCUCCGUCGUCCUUGCUCUGUGUGCCCGAAAGGACUCGAUCCUCCCUGCGCACUCCCAAACAGUGACCCUCCCUUGGAACGUUACACAGCUAGAGAGGGCUUCAUCUGACCAGGGAGGAGGGGACUACUCAGGAACAGGACCGGACCACCUCAACAGGACACUAGAUCUCCCUGAGAGCAGAGGCAGGAUACUGGGACAGACAUGGAGACUGAAAGGGGGCACAUGUCUAUCAGGAGGGGGGUAAGCUGGAGUCCUGGAGGGCAGAGGAAACCGCUCCAGGUGGGGCAAGAAGCGGUCGACCUUGUCACAGAAAGCAAUGCCUCCUGGGAUGGGAGGGACUACACAAAGGUCAAAGGGCAGUCAGCUUUGGCCUCCAGCACCAAUCAGAUGCCUCGAAAAGCAAACCUGACCAGAAGUGCCAGUCUGUCAGAUAAGGAUCUGAAGGAGGCUCGUGUGAGGAGUCAGAUCAUCGCGGCCCAGCUCACCGUUCCCUCCAACUCCAACUCCAGAGGAGUUCAGCUCUUCAACCGACGCAAGAAGCGAGUCAACGCCUUCACGCUCGAGAGUGGCGUGGAGGGUGGGACAGGGCGAGGCGCCGCGGAGGAUGACAAGCACAUUGGGCCUCCUAGGAACAAUCUGACAUGGGCAGAGAGAGCCAGUGAGGGGAAGGACCGUGAACGAAACUUGAAGAACAUUGCCUCCAAACCACCCUGGUCUCCCACUAGGCUAGCAUUCAGAGGAAGUGACAUCAUGGAGGAGCCAAGUGAACCUGUCCACGAGGUGGAGGAUGUGGCGGACAGCGUCAUACAGGAGAGGCACUUCCUGCCUGUGAACGAGAAGGAGGAGGAAGGGGAGGUGAAGAUGAAGGAGGUGGAGGAGCUGAGGCAGGAGGCACAUGUCGAGCAGGAGAGUGACGUCAAGAAUGAUAUUCCCUCUGCUAGUGACCACAGUGGUGCAGUCCAGAGGGAGCCAGAGCCAGGUGAACCAGGGGUGAACGGAGCAAUCCCAGAGCCCCAAUCCCCCGGAGAUCUCCAUAAUGGUUGCCAUAGUGCCCCUGAGAAAGUGUCCGUGUCCCUAUCCAAACAACCGUCUACCAUCAUCAACAGAACAGCCAGACCUUUCUUCUCUCCCACCACGGUCCAGUCCCCAGACACCCGGAGCCCAGUCAUGGACAUCCCCCCUGCUCCCUCUUACUCCACCCCCCCUCUCCCUCGGCCCGUGGCCUUCUCCCCUCCCCCUCCUCCUCCAUCCUACCCCACCCCCCCUCUCCCAGCCUUUACCUGUCAGUCUCCGCAGGCCUUCUCCAGCCCCCUCUGCAUGUCUCCCGCCAUGUCCCCGUUGCCCCCCCCAGUGUGCCAGUAUGCCCCCCCCUCGGCUCCCAAGGUGUCUCAGUAUGUCCCGCCCACCCCUCCGGUGACCCAGUACGCCCCUCCCACAGCCCCUCGCCCCUCCACCUUUGUCCCAAAGCCCGCUGCGGAUUGGAAGCCGCAUGUGCAAAUCAAAACGGGCAUCCUGGAGGAAGGCGCGGCCAGACGGGGAACCAGGAAGUCCAUGUUUACGUUCAAGGAGAAGCCGGUGAUGGCUCCCAACCCGGAGCUGCUGUCCCUCGUUCAGGGGGCUGAUGAGAGGAAGAAACACGGACCCAGGUGUGUGGUUGAGCCCGCCUCCGAGGAGGAGCUACUGGCCCUGGGGGCGGAGGCCUCCAACUUCCUGGCAAAGGAGGAAGUGAAGCUGGAGGAAGCCGCAGUGCCAGAGUGGUCCACCACCCUGAAGAGCUCCAGGACCCGAGCCCGGAUGGAGCACAAGCCUGAGCAGACCCUCACCAACGCCACAGGGAAGGGGGCGGAGCUGUUCGCCAAGCGCCAGUCCAGGAUGGAGAAAUAUGUGUUGGACAAACAGAACGCAGGCCAGCGUAGAUCUCCCUCCCCCACCAUGUCUCUGCCACCAUCUUGGGUUUAUCCGUCUAACAUGCCGGGGCGGGUCAAAGCCAUCGCUACCAACUCCAACAUUAGCGAUCAGCUUUCACGGACCUCAAGGCCCAGCAGCCUGUCCAGAGGAAGCCCAGCGUAGGCCCCGCCCCCCAAGCCUGAGAGCCCCCCUCUGGAGAACGGCUGUACCAAGAUAGAGAUGGACCUAUCCAGGCACCAGCCCUACCAGCUCAACUCCUCCCUUUUCAUCUUCAACCCCAUCAAAGAUCCAAGGAGCUCUCUGCCCAGGGGAGCACCGCCUCCCAAGCCUGUGGUCACGUCUUACUCCCGGCAGACCUCCCUGCCCACCAGCCCUUCUUCCCACUUCAGCUCCCAGGCCAGCUUAAGGCCAGCCCACGGCCUGUCCCCCCAGCACCCUCUCAGCCCUGUCGGAGGGAUGGGACCUGGGGACCACUCUCACCACUACGGGGGGGCUCCCCGCUCCAGGCAGCCCAGGAUCACCUCCCCUGUGUCGGCCUUCUCUCCCGAGCGAGUGGCCUCCCCUCGGUCAGGGGCCCAGGCACCAAGGCCCACCUUCUCUGCAAAGAAGGCAGGGAUUGAACCGCAGGUGUGGAGGCCUUCUAUCUACUUUUGAUUCUCUGUUUACAUGACCAUGGCACAGCAAAGUGAAGGAGUGGUACAAUACUGUAGAUAUUGCACACAGGAUAAGCUUUGCAUAGAUUAUUUUUGUAAACUAAAACAUGGAUGUCUUUUUUGUGUUUUUGUAGAUUUAACAAGUAUAUUUUUAGUUAUUGAAUGAAUUUUUGUAUAUUUUAUUAUAAUCAUAUUAAUGUACGAGAAGGCUGUCAUGCAGCUGAUCCCAAACAGCGAUAUCCCAAAAUAGUAAUUAAUCACUUUAAGCCAAACAUUGUGCUUUAAGACGUGUAAGUCACUCUAUCCAGAGUCACUAAGUGCACUUCAGCAGUCAGGUCUGAAUAACUUUGAGAUGAGAAAUGGCUUCACACAUUUUCCAGUGUUUUUCUGCCUCAAGUCUCCAGGCAUCCAAGUGACACUGCCUUACAAAGCACUUUAGCAGAUGGUCUGGCGUCUGUUUUAUGAUCUAUGAUUUGCAGUUUAAUAUGGAAUCACAGACAUGAAAGUGGUGGUGAGGAAACUCCCUUAAUGUCUUCAUUUCUUUAGGGGAAUCAGCCUAGUUUAGCUUUUCGAUGCUCUCUACCAAAUUAUAUGGUGUGUGUGUGUGUUUCAAAUCUAUUGAUGUUUUUAAUUGUCAGGCUGCAUGCUAUUUGACGUAAUGUUUUAUGACUCGACAGAGCAGUAAUUCCAGGUGGACGGUUUAAUCAUCAAAUAAAAUACAGCUAGGAACAUGAAGGAAGGCAUCAAGACGUAAAUCUUGAUCUGAUUGGAAGGAGUGGCCAGAAUAAUACUUUCUCACAUGAAAGACAUUUUUUCUUCUUCUCAGAUCUCAUGUGUACUUCUGCUGUCUUCCUGUCUCCUUAAUGGAAGUCUUCUGUUUCCCUGUUUCUUUCCUGAUUAAAGCUUUCUUCUAACCUCU